AUGAACUUAACCAAGAAAGGAUCGCAAACGGAUGCAAAGCUAUUAAGCCCAAACAAGGUGACAACACUGAAUCCAAAUGCAGCAGAGUUUAUUCCUUUUGCCCUCAGAUCAUCAUCAUUAUCUGGAACUACCAGCUCGGUAGAUGGAACAGCAAGACUUACGGCUGCUGGAGCUCUUGGGAAAGCAGUUUUAGAUAGAUCAGAAUCAUCCAUUUCAAUUAAUUCUGACGAUGAGGUGCAUCAAUACUGGCGAUGUCAGCUCCCUGAUGAUAUUACCCCUGAUUUCAAGGUCAUGGGAGAAGAUGAAUCUCGAGGUCUAGAUGAUCUUUCUUUAGCAGGUUUAUCCAUAAAUGAGGACAAUGAAGUCUCCAGGUUUCCUUCUUCCAAAGGAAGUAAAUAUAUAAUAAAUGAGCUGGAGGAAUUAUCUAAACAGCAUAUUAAUGGCAAUAGCUUUGCAGAUAAAAUAGGGUUUUCCAAUUCAAGCUACAGGGAGGACCCAUCUUCUACAAGCUUUUUGAAUGCUCUAGCAAAGCCUUGGGAGGGCCCACUUGGGAGUGCUGACCAGCGUAUUAGCAGUGGUCAAGAGGGGCUUACUUAUGAUGACAACAAUAGGCAUGGAUACAUAAAUGAUGUUUUGGCUGAAAAUGCAAUUUUGGAUGAUACUGCUUCGAAUCCUUUAGAGUUUUUAGCUUCACUGUUCCCUGGUUUUGCGGCAGAAAGUCUUGCAGAAGCUUACUUUGCCAAUGGAUGUGAUUUACAUCUGACCACUGAGAUGCUCAGUCAGUUAGAGCAGCUUCAAGUUGAUGGUAGUUUCAAUCAAAAUCUGAAUUCAAAGCCUCUGUCAGCUCCCAAUCUCAGUGCAACGGAUUUCCCUGCACUUACUUCACAAGAUGGCCAGGCUGCUGCAGUUAAAUAUGUGGUGGAUAAUGUCCAGCAAAGUGGCAAUCCUUACCAGUCAUUUGACAGUGAUGUGAUGCUUUUCAAAUCUAGCUCUUCAGUUCCAUCUAGAGGUGCUAUUGACUUUGCUUCAGCUGUUAGGAAGUUGGCUUCUCAGGAUUCUAGUGGUAUUUGGAAGUAUGACAAAAAUGGAUCUGGUGAUGCUGCUAUAGGCUCAAGUAGGAAUUCAAAUGUUUUGGGUGGUGGCUACAAUGUUGGACAAGGGAGAGCACACUUUGGUGAUCGAUUACAGAACCGUGGCUCAACUAGGGCAGCUCCUAUUUGGCUUGAAACUGGUGAUGCCGUUGCAAAUAUGUAUUCAGAGCUGCGGGAAGAGGCUCGGGAUCAUGCAUGCUUACGCAAUGCAUAUUUUGAGCAGGCACGUCAAGCUUAUCUUAUUGGUAAUAAAGCGCUAGCAAAGGAACUAAGUGCUAAAGGGCAACUUCACAACAUGCAUAUGAAGGCAGCUCAUGGAAAAGCUCAAGAAUCCAUUUACCGGCAAAGAAAUUCAGUUACUUCAGAGCUGCAAGGCAAUGGAAGAGGACUUGAGAGGAUAAUAGAUCUACACGGGUUGCAUGCAAGUGAAGCCAUUCAUGUGCUGAAACACGAGUUGAGUGUGCUAAAAAGCACUGCCAUAGCUGCUGAGCAGCGUUUGCAGGUGUAUAUUUGUGUGGGCACAGGUCAUCAUACAAGGGGAUCCCGCACUCCUGCAAGACUUCCAAUAGCUGUACAGCGUUUUCUUCUUGAAGAGGGCAUUGACUUCACGGAACCUCAGCCAGGCCUACUUCGUGUUGUGAUAUAUUGA